CGUCCGAAACGGCUGGAACAUGCUGGACUUCGUCAUAGUUAUAGUGGGGCUGUUCAGUGUGAUACUGGAGCUGAUCACCAACACGGGGGAAGCGGCGGCUCCUGGAGGGAAGCCGGGGGGCUUCGACGUGAAGGCGCUCAGGGCUUUUAGGGUGCUGCGACCCCUCCGCCUCGUCUCUGGAGUACCCAGCCUGCAGGUGGUGCUGAACUCCAUCAUCAAGGCCAUGGUCCCCCUGCUGCACAUCGCCCUGCUGGUCCUCUUCGUCAUCAUCAUCUACGCCAUCAUCGGCCUGGAACUCUUCAUCGGCAAGAUGCACUCCACCUGCUACCUGGUCAACUCAGAUGUCACGGAGGAUGAGCCGGCCCCGUGUGCCAUCUCUGGUCACGGCCGCCACUGCUCGGCUAACGUCUCCAUCUGCCGAGGCGAAUGGCAAGGCCCCAACAACGGCAUCACUAACUUUGACAACUUCCUGUUCGCCAUGCUCACCGUGUUCCAGUGCAUUACCAUGGAGGGUUGGACCGAUGUGCUAUACUGGAUGAACGAUGCUAUGGGCUUUGAGCUGCCAUGGAUCUACUUUGUCAGUCUGGUGAUUUUCGGCUCGUUUUUCGUCCUCAAUCUUGUUCUGGGUGUACUGAGUGGAGAGUUCUCCAAGGAGCGAGAGAAGGCAAAGGCGCGUGGAGACUUCCAGAAGCUGCGAGAGAAGCAGCAGCUGGAGGAGGACCUGAAGGGCUACCUGGACUGGAUCGCCCAGGCCGAGGACAUCGACCCCGAGAACGAGGAGGAGGGCCAGCUCGAGGGCAAGCGCAACAGGGUGACCCUGGCAGACCUCACUCAAAAGAAGAAAGGGAGGUUUGGCUGGUUCAGCCAGUCCACAGAGACACAUGUGAGCAUGCCCACUAGUGAGACGGAGUCAGUGAACACAGACAACCCAAACGGGGAGGAGGAUAAGGCCCACUGCUGCGGACCGCUCUGUCAAAAAAUUACAAAAUCAAAAUUCAGUCGGCACUGGCGGCGCUGGAACCGCUUCUCGCGCAGGAAGUGUCGUCUGGCGGUCAAGUCCACCACCUUCUACUGGCUGGUCAUCCUGCUGGUGUUCCUCAACACGCUCACCAUCUCCUCCGAGCACUACAACCAGCCCGACUGGCUCACACACGUGCAGAACGUGGCCAACAAGGUGCUGCUGGCCAUGUUCACGUGUGAGAUGCUGCUGAAAAUGUACAGCCUGGGCCUGCAGGCCUACUUCGUCUCACUCUUCAACCGCUUCGACUGCUUCGUGGUGUGUGGCGGCAUCGUGGAGACCAUCCUGGUGGAACUGGCCAUCAUGUCCCCGCUCGGCAUCUCCGUGCUGCGCUGCGUUCGCCUGCUGCGCAUCUUCAAGGUCACACGGCACUGGGCUUCUCUGAGUAACCUGGUGGCGUCUCUGCUGAACUCCAUGAAGUCCAUCGCCUCCCUGCUGCUCCUGCUCUUCCUCUUCAUCAUCAUCUUCUCCCUGCUUGGCAUGCAGCUCUUCGGCGGCAAGUUCAACUUUGACGAGACCGUCACCAAGAGGAGCACCUUUGACAACUUUCCCCAGGCCCUGCUCACAGUCUUUCAGAUCUUGACAGGUGAGGAUUGGAACACGGUGAUGUAUGACGGCAUCAUGGCCUACGGUGGACCUUCCUCCUCUGGCAUGGUGGUCUGCAUCUACUUCAUCAUCCUCUUCGUCUGUGGAAACUACAUCCUCCUGAAUGUCUUCUUGGCUAUCGCCGUUGACAACCUUGCAGAUGCUGAGAGCUUAAACACAGCCCAGAAGGAGAAAGAGGAGGAGAAGGAGAGGAGGAAGAGUAUCAGGAGAGACAGCAUUUUCAAAAUGGAAGACGGAAAGGUAGAACUAAAAGAUGGAGAAACAAAGGUUGUAAUUGAGGAGAACAGCGAGAGGGUUACGGAGGAGGAGAAGAACCCGGCUGCAGAUUCAGGGGAUGAGGAGGAUGAGGAGGAGCCGGAGGUGCCGGUAGGGCCGCGUCCCCAGAGGCUGGCGGACCUCAACCUAAAGGAGAAGAUCCAGCCCAUCCCCGAGGGCAGCGCCUUCUUCAUCCUCAGCAACACCAACCCCAUCCGUGUGGCGUGUCACAGGCUGAUCAACCACCAGAUCUUCACCAACCUCAUCCUGGUCUUCAUCAUGCUCAGCUCUGUCUCCCUCGCCGCUGAGGACCCCAUACGCAGCUUCUCCGCUCGCAACAUAGUCCUAGGCUACGCAGACUAUGUCUUCACUAGUAUGUUUACCUUUGAGAUCCUGUUGAAGAUGAUGGCGUUCGGGGCCUUCCUCCAUAAGGGGGCCUUCUGCAGGAACUACUUCAACCUGCUGGACCUGCUGGUGGUCGGGGUGUCACUGGUCUCCUUUGGCAUUGAGUCGUCGGCCAUCUCUGUGGUGAAGAUCUUGCGUGUGCUGAGGGUGCUGCGGCCCCUGAGGGCCAUCAACCGAGCCAAGGGCCUCAAGCACGUGGUGCAGUGUGUGUUUGUGGCCAUUCGGACCAUUGGCAACAUCAUGAUUGUCACCACGCUCCUCCAGUUCAUGUUCGCCUGCAUUGGAGUACAGCUCUUUAAGGGAAAAUUCUACCGCUGCACAGAUGAUGCCAAAACAAGUCCAGAGGAUUGCCAGGGCAGGUACAUCCUCUACAACAUCGGUGAGGCGGCCUUGCCCGUGGUUAAGCAACGCGUUUGGUACAACAGCGACUUCAACUUUGACAACGUCCUCAUGGCCAUGAUGGCUCUCUUCACCGUCUCCACAUUCGAAGGCUGGCCAGCGCUGUUGUACAAGGCCAUUGACUCGCACAAAGAGAACAUGGGCCCCAUCUACAACCACCGCGUGGAGAUCUCCAUCUUCUUCAUCAUCUACAUCAUCAUCAUCGCCUUCUUCAUGAUGAACAUCUUUGUGGGUUUCGUCAUCGUCACCUUCCAGGAGCAGGGAGAGAAGGAAUACAGGAACUGUGAGCUGGACAAAAACCAGCGACAGUGUGUAGAGUACGCCCUGAAGGCCCGGCCGGUGCGGAGGUACAUUCCCAAGAACCGCUACCAGUACAAGUUCUGGUACGUGGUGAACUCGGCAGGCUUUGAGUAUGUCAUGUUUGUACUCAUCAUCCUCAACACCCUCUGCCUGGCCAUACAGCACCAUGGCCAGUCUCCUGUCUUCAACUACGCCAUGGAUAUCCUCAAUAUGGUCUUCACUGCAGUCUUCACCGUGGAGAUGAUCCUCAAGCUCAUCGCCUUCAAACCAAGGGGAUAUUUUGGGGAUGCCUGGAACAGCUUUGAUGCCCUGGUGGUAAUUGGCAGUGUAGUGGACAUCAUCCUCAGUAUGAGCUCCCAGGACAGCGCCCGCAUCUCCAUCACCUUCUUCCGGCUCUUCCGCGUCAUGCGAUUGGUCAAGCUGCUGAGCAGGGGAGAGGGCAUCCGCACACUGCUCUGGACAUUCGUCAAGUCCUUUCAGGCCCUGCCCUAUGUAGCCCUGCUAAUAGCCAUGCUCUUCUUCAUCUAUGCUGUCAUUGGCAUGCAGGUGUUUGGGAAGAUCGCCAUGGUGGACGGCACACAGAUCAACCGCAACAACAACUUCCAGACCUUUCCCCAGGCAGUGCUGCUGCUCUUCAGGUGUGCGACGGGGGAAGCGUGGCAGGACAUCAUGUUGGCGUGUCUGCCUGGUAAGCCGUGCGACUCCGAGUCCGAUGACAACCCCGGCGGAGAGAAGACCUGCGGCAGCAGCUUCGCCAUCAUAUACUUCAUCAGCUUCUACAUGCUCUGUGCUUUCCUGAUCAUAAAUUUAUUUGUGGCCGUCAUCAUGGAUAACUUUGACUACCUGACCCGCGAUUGGUCCAUUCUGGGCCCACACCACCUUGAUGAGUUCAAGAGGAUCUGGUCUGAGUAUGACCCUGAAGCCAAGGGCAGAAUCAAGCACCUGGAUGUGGUCACUCUGCUGCGGAGGAUUCAGCCGCCUCUUGGGUUCGGAAAGCUGUGUCCUCACCGCGUAGCCUGUAAGAGGCUUGUUGCUAUGAACAUGCCCCUGAAUAGUGAUGGGACGGUGAUGUUCAAUGCCACCCUGUUCGCUUUGGUCAGGACUGCUUUGAAGAUCAAGACGGAAGGUAAUCUGGACCAGGCUAAUGAGGAGUUGAGAGCGGUGAUCAAGAAGAUCUGGAAGCGGACCAGCAUGAAGCUGCUGGAUCAAGUGGUGCCUCCUGCUGGCGAUGAUGAGGUAACGGUGGGGAAGUUCUAUGCCACCUUCCUGAUACAGGACUACUUCAGGAAAUUCAAGAAGCGCAAAGAGCAAGGGCUCGUGGGCAUCCACCCGGCCAGACUCAACACCACCGUCGCACUGCAGAGCUUUGACUGUCCGUUACAGGCUGGCCUGCGCACGCUGCAUGAUAUUGGGCCUGAGAUCCGGCGAGCCAUCUCCUGCGACCUACAGGAUGAGGACCUCAACAUGGAGGAGGAGGAGGAGAUCUACAGGAGGAACGGAGGCUUGUUCGGCCACCAGCUAAAUCACGUGACUGGGGACAAUCGUGUCACAGGUCACCUGACCAAUGUCACUCAGCGUCCCCUGCAGGUGCCAUCGCCACUGUCUCGCUUAGUCCCAGUGCCACCACCGGCAGAGGACAGCCACAGCCCGCUCCACCCCAACUCCAACGCCAGCACCAAUGCCAGCAGCUUCCCCCACAGGUCCUCCAACGCCAACCUCAACAAUGCCAAUGUGCCCUCUGUGCCCACCGUGACCAACGGCAGGCCCCAGCAUCACCACUCCGACUCCUUUGCCCCCAAUGCCGCUGCAGCUUCCGCCAGCGUGCGGCUCUCCUCCCUGGGCACUUACCUCAACCCCAGAGGGGACGGGGACUCCCACAGGAGGCUUCCCUCACGGAGAACACGCUACUAUGAGACCUACAUUAGGUCCGAGGUGGGGGCAAGCUGCUAUCCCAGCAUCCGGCGAGAGGAGCCCUCGUCAGGGGAGGGCAGCGACGAUGAGAGGGGGUCUGGAGAGUACUUCAGCGGAGACGAGUUCCAUGAGGACGACAUCAUGCUGGCUGGAGACAGGCGGAGGUCGUAUCGGGAGCACCAGGACAGCCCAAGUGUGUUUGAUACUGAGGCGGCCGAUGACUACCACCAGUCAGACAGCUUCUUUGAUGACGAUGAGCAGCCCAUCUACCAGGAGUGCAGGAGGUCCCCCAUACGCAGGCUGCUCUCCUCCUCACCUCAGACCCCUCUCAGGCCGGCCUUCAACUUUGAGUGUCUGCGGCGGCAGAGCAGUGAGGACGACACACCCCCCUCUCCCGUCUUUCACCACCGCACCACACUACCUCUACAUCUCAUGCAGCACCAGGUGAUGGCGGUGGCCGGUAUGGAUGCCAGCCGGGUGCGCGUCUCCCCGAGCCGCUCAGUGCGCUCCUGGGCCACUCCGCCCACCACGCCGGGCGCCUACACGCCCCUCAUCCAGGUGGACUGGCACGGCGGUGGGCACGGGGAUGGGCCGCCCAGCACCAACAGCAGCCCUGGCACUGCCCGCGGCGCCGCCUCCUCCUGCUGGUACACGCCGCAGCUGCCCUCCCGCAUCUCCCGAACCAGCACCCACUCGCGCAGCUUCACCCACUACCGCACCACCCACCCGCACUCCUCCUCGUCUGGUGCUGGGUCCCGCUCCGCUGCCUACACCGCCAGCCACCACCGGGCCCACCGGCAGGCCAGCUCGCCCAGCCGCCUGCAGAUCCCCCUGGACCUGCACGGCAAGCACAGCCCCAAGAGGGGCAGCGCCGACAGCCUGGUGGAGGCGGUGCUGAUCUCAGAGGGCUUGGGGCGGUACGCGAAGGACCCGCGGUUCGUGGCGGCGACCAAGCAGGAGAUCGCCGACGCGUGCGAGAUGACCUUCGACGAGAUGGAGAGCGCCGCCAGCAACCUGCUGAACGGGGGCAGCCCCCAAUGGCCUCCCAAGGGAGCAGUGCGGUGGGACGGUACCAUGCUCAGGGUACCUCAGUCAUUGAGGAGGAUGGGGGAGAGCACUGGUUCAUUACUAGCCCCCACGAACCUGGUGGGUCGGGAGUCGAACCAGCACCCUUUGGGCUACAAGUCUGACGCCCUAACUACUUACCCAUGACUGUCUUGAUAGAUUAUUUAUUGUAUUGUAGUCAGAUAAAUUUUAUAUUUUGUGAGGGAUGGGCCCAAUGAAAUAUCCUCCCACUUCUUGAGGAAUAGAUUGCUGUUACGUAACUCCAAUAGAUGUAUAUGGUUUAAUUUAUGGUGUACAAUGUUAUUUUGCCUUCAAUGUUUUUAUUUUUAUUUUGGCACUGAUGCAUCGUAUUCAAGUACAGCAGUUUUAGAAUAACAAGCCAAUGUGAAUUUACAGUGCUCAUGAUAUGCAGACGACGAUCUUCCUGUAAGUGUCUGUGGGUGUCUCACCACAUUUUUCACGGUAAACAAUGUGGUGAGAAGUGGGCGUGAGAAGUGUAGGAAAGGAAAGUAUGUCACAGAUCCUUCAACAGAAAAAUGCCUCGUCUGCACAUCUUGUGCGCAACAAGUGCACAAGUAGAGAAUCCUUAAAUGCUUUUUGGCAUUUAUUAUGCUGCUUGAUGAGUUCUGUUUUAUACAAUUUACAGAAAAAAUACAAGCUUUUCAGAUAGCACCAUUUUCAUACCACAGAUGUUAUCAGUUUACUUCAGUUUGUUUUCACAUUUUUAUAUGAAGCUUUGGGGGUUGGGGCAUUGCUUUUUAGCAAACUCAGACUGGCUUCAGUUUUGUACCCUCCUGUUAGGAAAUGUGUUCUCUGAUCACACAAUGGCAGUGAUCCUUUACAAAUGAAAGAAAAAUGACCAUUGGUGUUUUCAAUUGUAUUGUCCAACACCUGCUCCCAAUCCUCAGGUACUCGGAGCCAUUUGCUCUCAAAUUCACGCCCUCAGACAUGGAGUCGUUAUCUUUAACGCCCAUCACUGCCAGUGGUACUGCCAAAGGUGGUAGAUAUCCCAAGUUUCAACAUUUACAAAGAAACUUCCUGGACACGGCGCUCACAACAGGAAGGGGGUCACUGAUCACCCUUUAUGUGGACCAGCGGACCAACCACAAUGUGUAAGAACAUCAUCAGUCAUCCAUUUAACAGCACAAACCUGCAACUGCAAACACACCAGAGCUUUGUUCCCCAGUUUUUUCCCCCAAAGUCAACCAUGCAUUAGCAUGAGGUUUCUUGUUCUGCCUGCAUCUGUCCUCUUUGGUACUGCUACCAAUGCCAUGCCCUUCGGUCUCAUACCUCCUCCAAGGCCUCUCCUGUGGAGUCAGCUUGUUUGAAUCCAGACCGGGACUGACUUUCUUACUCUGACUGUGUGGCAUGCUGCGGUUUGCAAACAUGUAAACACACACACACACUCUUCUUUGUCACAUUGGUCCAAAGCAACUCAAGAUUAUGUAACUACUGUUUUACUUCCUCUACCAAAAUUAUUUUUUUACCAAGUUCUAUUAAACAUCUAAAAUCGUU